UCUUCGUCUUCGUCUUCGUCUUCGUCUUCGUCUUCGUCUUCGUCUUCGUCUUCGUCUUCGUCUUCGUCUUCGUCUUCGUCUUCGUCUUCGUCUUCGUCUUCGUCUUCGUCUUCGUCUUCGUCUUCGUCUUCUUCGUCUUCGUCUUCGUCUUCGUCUUCGUCUUCGUCUUCGUCUUCGUCUUCGUCUUCGUCUUCGUCGUCUUCGUCUUCGUCUUCGUCUUCGUCUUCGUCUUCGUCUUCGUCUUCGUCUUCGUCUUCGUCUUCGUCUUCG